AUGUCCUUCGGUGGCAAUGGGGACACUGACUUCCAACUUGCGAUACUGGACCAUCGAGAUCCCGGUUUGGCCUGUCAAAACACUGGAAGUUCAUUUCUGAUAUCCUCAGGUCAGUUGUCCUGCCAUACCCACACCGAGAGCAUCAUGGUAUUCGGUCAUUUCGGUCGUCUCUUCCCGAGUGCAGAUCAAGUAACUCCCCGAUCCUUGCGACAAUACUUCAAUCCCAUAGCACGGCUAAUACUCCUCGUCCCUGUUGCUGUUUCUGCUCAACUCGGGCUUAUCCCAACGCACAUUAUGAGGAUUUGUACUCUUUGUUUCGCCAUUGCUGUUACAAGCAUUGGCCUCGCUGCAGUUCGCAUGGCCCUCAUCUUAAAAAAUGCCUUGGCAGUCCCAAGCGCUAUCUUCCUAGGAAAUUAGAGUAUCCAGCGGCUUAUUCCUCCGGGUACAUACUGCGCGAAAUCGACAUCGACAAAAUGCAAGUGAUGAAGGGUGGUCAGGAGCGGCGAUGGGGUUCAAGAAAGGCCAACGCCAGAACCGCAUAACAUCAAGCUACCGUAUCCAAUAAAACUCACUGCAAACUGAUAAAUUUAUCAUUUGUAACGGCUAGCGGAG